AAUACAUCAAUGUCUUACUUGUGGAAAUGGAUUUACUACAAAUAGAGGCUUACAAAUACAUAUGAGAUUACACACAGGAGAAAAGUCUGAAAUUUGUAAAAUAUGCUCGAAAGCCUUCAGUGAUCCUAGAGCAUUAAGAAAUCAUAUAUUUAUACACUCAAUGAGAAGGCCUUUUAACUGUGAAUAUUGUGAUAAGAAAUUUAUUCAAAAGAAAUCUUUUCAUCUUCAUUUGAAAACACAUACAGGGGAUAGGCCACAUGUUUGUGACGUUUGUGGAAAGAGUUAUAUUCAACAUAAUAAUUUAGUGAUACACAAAAGACUACAUACUGGAGAAAGACCUUUCUUGUGUACAGUGUGCAACAAAAGUUUCACAAAUGGUGCGUCUUUAUCUCUGCACAUGCCAAUUCAUACAGGCAUAAAAAACUUUAUUUGUUUUGUGUGUGGGAAACGCAUGGCUAGAAGUGGUGAAUUAACAAUACAUUUGAGAACUCAUACAGGCGAGAAGCCUUAUAAAUGUUCUGAAUGCAGUAAAUCAUUUAUUAAAAGCAGCUCUCUUAGCGCUCAUAUGACAACACACACAGGUUUAAAGAAGCACAUUUGUUCAAUAUGUGGAAUAGGCAUGGCUCAUGCUGGAAAACUUACGAUACAUAUGCGUACACAUAACAAAGAAAAACAAUUUGCUUGCAGUGUUUGUGAUAAAAAGUUUGCUAAUAUGAAUUAUUUAAAGCAGCACAAUAAAUCCCACACAGAUUUAUGAUAUUAAUUAUUGA